UACCCAUGGCGUCGUCCGUUCGUGAUACCGAAUAGAAACUGGUUGAAACGAUAGAGAAAUAUAUCGUCGCCCGAUGAUAAUAUUCAUUUAAUCAUCCACACACUAUUGAAAUCGAACUAGAAAUUUACUUCCAUCAUUGAUUCACCUCAAUACUGUUGACACAACUAUGACUAUUAACAUUAAUUAUAUUUGGCACAAUAAGUCGUCUGACUUAGGACGACAAACAGAUUUUAUUAGUUCAUAAUCGUGUGAUUGAUACUAAUCAAUAGUGGACCGGGUUGGCUUAAUAUUAUGUUGCUCCUGAACCUGGUUCUCCAAUAACGUUAACAGUCAUGGGACCAGGUGAAUAUUGUACUCAAUUUAGAAUGAAAAAUACAUGUCAAUUCAAGAAAUUAAUGAUAGCUUAUAGCAAUGUAACUAGAUUGAUUCUUGAAUCAUUGAGAUUUCAAUUUGAAGGAGAUAUAAUUAACGAAACCGAUACCCCAUAUUCAAAGAAUCUUUCUGACGGGGAUAUGAUCAAAGUCUUCCAGCCAAUGGACUAAGUAUUUAUUUUUUUAUAAAAUAAAAGAUUAUAAUUUAUUUAUAAAUCACAUUAUAUGUAAUUCAUCUUAAUACCAUACUGUUAUCUACAAAACUGACUUUAUUAAUUAAUUGUACAUUUAAAUAAUUCAAAUUUAUAAUCAAUGACGACUAGAACGAUUUCAAGAAUAAACUACAUCAACAAGAUAAAUGUGAAAUGUAUUAAAUAGAUUUAAAAUAUUUAAUAAAUACUUUAUGUGUAAACUA